AGGCCAGCACGGGUGCCAUCGACCUCAAGAUUCCUGAAUCCAUAUGUAGUGUGUUUUGUUGUUGUCGCAGUGGUGUUAAUCCUGGCAGUGAUGACAGCUCUACUGAUCCACUUCUUAGUUUUUGAUCAAAAAUCUUACUUUUACCAUAGCAGCUUUCAAAUUCUAAAUGUUAAAUAUAGUGAUGAAUUAAAUUCAUCAGCUACACAGAAAUAUAGGACUUUGAGUGGAAAAAUUGAAUCUAUGAUUACUAAAACAUUCAAAGAAUCAAAUUUAAGAAAUCAGUUCAUCGGAGCUCAUGUUGUCAAACUGAGGAAAGAUGGUAAUGGUGUGAUAGCAGAUAUUGUUAUGAAAUUUAAAUUCUCUAGAAAUAAUAAUGGAGCAUCGAUGAAAAGCAGAAUUGAGUCUGUUAUACACCAAAUGCAGAAUAACUCUGGAAACUUGGAAAUAAACCUUUCAACUGAGAUAACAUCAAUUACUGACCAGGAUACAGUAAUUAUGUUCACUCAAGAAUGUGGAGUCCGUCCAGACCUAAUGACAUUGUCUGAAGAGAGAAUCAUGGGAGGCAUCAAAGCUGAGAAAGGAGACUGGCCAUGGCAAGUCAGUCUACAGUUGAAUAACAUUCAUCAUUGUGGAGGCAUCCUGAUCAGUAACAGGUGGAUCCUGACAGCAGCUCACUGCUUCAGAAGCCACCCUGAUCCCUAUACAUGGACUGCUACCUUUGGAAUUUCUACAACGUUUCCUACGCAGAGAAUAAGAAUAAAGACUAUUUUAGUCCAUAAGAAUUAUAACUCUGCAACUCACGAAAAUGAUAUUGCAGCUGUGCAACUUGACAGAGGUGCCACCUUUACCAAAACUAUCAAUAGGGUAUGUCUCCCAGAGGCUACCCAAAAUAUUUCAGCUGGUUCCACUGCUUACGUAACUGGAUGGGGAUCGCAAAUAAAUGGCGGCAACUCAGUUGAAGAUCUACAGCAAGGACAGGUCAACAUAAUAAGUAAUAGCGUAUGUAAUGCACCAACUAGUUAUAAUGGAGCAGUCUUGUCUGGAAUGCUAUGUGCUGGAGUACCUCAAGGUGGAGUAGAUGCAUGCCAGGGUGAUUCUGGUGGCCCACUAGUACAACAGGAUUCACGGCGGCUCUGGUUCCUCGUGGGGAUAGUAAGCUGGGGGGAUCGAUGUGGUCUGGCAGAUAAGCCAGGAGUGUACACUCGAGUGACAGCCUACCGUAACUGGAUAACCGAACAAACUGGAAUCUAG